GUCCACUGCACAGUUAAUAUUGAGACAUCUGUCCACUUUUAAUCUAAUGGUCAGCAUUUAAUUAACUAAAGCAGCCUCUCAAAUCAUGGUUAAGGCCCUGAUUUAUCCUUUCCCUUGCUGGCAGCAUCAAUUUAGCCUAAAAUCUUGCUAACCAAAAUAGAAGCAUCCGAAAACAUUGCUGGAAAAUCUUUCUCGUUGGAAAAAUAUUUUCUUACCACGAAAAUCAUGGAAAAACAGAGCAAAAAUCAGCAAGACCAAAAGAUUAAAUCAUCUAGAUGGUACAACUACAACCAACGAUCGCAAGAAAACGGAAGACCAGUUGAUGAGCAAAAUUUUUCCAGAGAUUAAGUGACAAUACCAAAACAGAUUUAUGGAUAUCGCAUCAACUGAGUCUCAAGGUGGAUGUAAUGUGCUAAUAAAACUUGGGAUGGCAUUUGACUCGGAUGAGCACGCAUAAGACUGCUAUAAUGAAUACGCAGCUUCAGUUGGCUUUAGUAUUAAAAAAGAAUAUGCUAAUAAAAAUAGAGUCCAUGGGUAUGUGACUUCAACAAAAUUUACAUGUUAUAAAGAAGGUUAUAGAAGCACGGACAAACGAGAUUCGAAGGUUCAAAAGCACAGAAACGAAACUAGGAUAGGGUGCUUAGCUCAUAUUACUAUUAAUCGUCAAUUGAGUGGAAUGUUUCGCAUCAUGUCAUUUGAAGAGAAACACAACCAUCCUCUUGUUGAUUCUUCUUUAGCUCAUCUGUUACCAUCUCAAAGAAAGAUAAAAGUUGCUCAAGCAUAUGAACUUGACUUAUUAGAUGAUUCAGGAAUAUAUCCUAAAGCUUUAUUUGACUAUGCUGCUCGUCAAGCUGGAGGACAAUAUUUUCUUGGUUACACAAAGAGAGAUCACAAGAAUUAUCUUAGGGACAAAAGACAUGAAAAUUUGAAACAUGGAGUGGCUCGUAGCUUGGUGAAUUAUUUUGAGAAAAGAACACUAGAAGAUCCCGCUUUUUGAUUUUCUUUACACUUUUGUUUUUGGUAAUUAAACUUUAUUAAUCACCAAAGUAGGCAUUACAAUUCAGAAGUAAGUUUACACAUCUUACUUACGUCUAAUACAGAAGUACCACAAUUGCUAGCUUAGAAAACAAGGGAUUGUAAAAUAUGAUGCAAACUAGGUGGAGCUCUAACACAAGAUACAUAGACUAUCUCCUUAGUCACUGCUUCCCAAUUUCUGCUCAGCUUUUUAAAUAUCGUCAUAUUUCUCUCUAUCCAAAUAGCAUGGACAAUCUCUGUACUCAACAGUUUGAAAACCUGGGCUCUCUGCGAUUUACCACUUGCGUGUUUGAUUAUCCAUAGCUGAUGUUGCUCCCAUGUAGCUGGCUGGUAGCUCUGCAUUUGUAGCCAUUGUAGGACCCUGUUCCACACUGCUCUAGUGUAAGAGCACUGGACAAAUAGAUGUUCUCGUGUUUCAUCAUAGCUUUGGCAGAGGCUACAUUUAGGCUCUACCUCUAUACCCCAUUUGUUGAGUCUGUCAGCUGUCAACAGUUUGCCUAGUAGGUGUAGCCACAUGAUGAACAGUGCCUUGGGUCGAGCUGCAUUGUGAAACAUGAUACAUUUCCAUGGCACCCUAGGUAUAUUAUCAAGGGCAUAAUAAUAAAUCUGCCUUAUCAAGCUUGUGCUUUUCUUGAAUUGCAUCUGUGAUACCAUUUCCCUAGACUCAAAUAUUUUUCUAAUCAUCUAACAAGCCUGUUUAGGCACUUCCAUAAGCAGCAAAUAUUGGUUCUUUAUAUAGUAAGCGUGAAUCCACCUUAUCCAUAACUUGUCCUGUUUAUGCGCAAUGUCCCACCACUGCUUGCCAAUAGCAGCCCUGUUCCAUAUUGACAAGUUAGUGAUAUUUAAGCCUCCUACUCCUUUUGUAUUACACACCCUCUCCCAUGCUACUAAUGUUUAUUUUGUGAUAUUUUCUGUACCCGACCACAUAUAGCUUCGGCAGUGAGCUUCUAUCAGCUUCAACACUUUAGUAGGAAUGAUGAAUAGCUAGGCCCAAAAGGCUUGGAUCCCAAACAACACAGAUUUAAUAAGUUGCAUCCUACUGGCAUAUGACAAUUUCCUAGCAGUCCAUGAUGAAAUCUUUUGCAGUGAUCUUGUUGACAAGGGGUUGCCAUUGUAUAAGGGAUAUUUUUCGUGUAGACAAAGGGACCCCUAGGUAUUUAAAGGGAAGGAUACCCACCGAGUAACCCAGUUUGGUGAGAAUACUUUCUUGUACCCUCUGCUCGACACCCCCAAAGUAUACUGCACUCUUACACUUAGAUGAUGAUAAUUUGAUAACUAAUGUAUUCUGGGCUGAUGCAAAGAUGAUAAGAGAUUUUAAGAUAUACGGAGAUGUUGUGUCUUUUGAUACAACCUAUAGGACAAAUAAAGAGUAUCGACCCUUGGCACUGUUUGUUGGUUUGAAUAAUCAUAUGGAAAUGGUUAUAUUUGGUGCAGCUCUGUUGUACGAAGAAUCAACUGAAUCAUUUGAAUGGCUUUUUGAUGCAUUAUUUAGCAUUAUGUCUGCAGAUAAACCACAAACAUUCAUGACAGAUCAAGAUCCCGCAAUAGUUGCUGCUGCCGUAUCAGUAAUGCCAAAUACAUAUCAUCGUCUAUAUGUGUGGCACUUGAAAAAAAAUGCGUUUAAACAUCUUAACCAUAUCUUUAGAGCUAAUUCAUCAUUUCUUAAAGAUUUUAGCAGAUUGCUUUAUGACUAUGAGUAUGAGGAUGAUUUCUUAAGUGCGUGGCAGGAUAUGCUUGAGAAAUAUGAUCUUGGGGUUAAUAGUUGGUUGAAAACUACGUUUGCUAUAAGGGAGAAAUGGUCGAUGACGUAUGGAAGAAAUAUUUUUUCAGCAGGUAUGCGAAGCACACAAUUAAGUGAGAGAUUUAAUGGAUCUUUAAGGGGUUAUUUGAAAUCUGAUUUGGAUAUCGUUCAAUUUUUAAAGCAUUUUCAAAGAUCAGUUGAUGAUAAGCGCACCAAUGAGAAUAAGUCAAAUUUUGAUAUGACUCAAAGAAUACCUAUUUUAAAGGUUAAACUUCCUUUAUUGAUUCAUGCUAGGGAUGUAUACACCCCAACUAUAUUUGACAUGUUUCAAAAUGAAUGGGAAAGGUCAUUACUUGUUUCCGUGAAGGACUUUCAUGAUGAAGGAGAUUCGUGUACAUACAAUGUUGGCACUUAUGGAAGUGCUAAGGAGCACGCAAUAACUGUCAAGAGAUCAGUAACUCAAGUUUCUUGUAGCUGCAAAAUGUUUGAGUUUGUGGGUAUACUAUGCAGACAUGCUUUAAAGAUCCUUGAUUUAUUGAAUGUAAAGGAUAUGAUUCCUGCACAUUAUAUACUAAAGAGAUGGACGAAAGAUGCUACAAACAUGCAUGAGAUACAUGCCAAUCUAGUAGGAACAAACUCUGAUCCAAAAGUUGAAAUUAUUGCAAGGUAUAGACAUUUGUGUCAAACUUUUGUCCAAAUUUCAAGUGAAGCUUCUGAAUCCAAAGAAGGGUAUGAAUUGGCUGCAAAUUGUACGAACAAGAUAAUUGCAAAGUUAAAUGAUGUAAAGAAGAGAAAUGAAUCACAUGAAGAGCCGAUUCCAAGCAAUAAUAUCCAAAAUGAACCAAGUGAGACAAUAUUUGUUAAUAAUACAAAUGUUCACAAAGGUGACUGGGUUAAAAAGGAAGGAGCCAACUCGCCGCUCUAAUACUCGGCCAAAGAGUUUUAUGGAAAAGGCCCAGAGAAACAGUAAGACUUCAUUUCCAAAAUUUCCUCUUAGCCAAACUGACUAGCAGUUUGAUAACUUUUCAUCUCUUCAAGUCCCAUGUCCACCUUUACCAGAUGCAUCAAUAACUAUGGUAUCUCACGUCAUCUAAAUUUUUUCUUUUUUAUUAUAACAUAAGAACUUAUAUUUGUCCUUCAAAUAAUAAGGAGCUGCAGAAAGAAGCUUUCGUCCAUGGUGCCCUUCACAAUUGUCUCAAGGAUCUUCCCAUGGAAGUUUGACUCAGCUCUUAAGAGUUACGUUAGUGAACAAAGUUUAUGAUGAUUUUCAUUUCUAAUAAGUAAUGCUACUCAUCUCGAUAUAUGUCUCUUUUUAACUAAUUGCAGGAUAUUUCAUUUCAUGAUUUAAACAAGAAUUCUCAACACUGAUUAUGACAACUUUGAAAAACGGAGGUUUCAUGGUGAUGGUUUUGUUCGAGAACGCGAUUUGGCAUCCUCUGUUAAUGGAGUUGUUUAUUUUUUACAUCAAGGCUGCACUUAUUUUAUAGUGGAAAAUUAGCUUGUACAUUGAAAAUUCUUUUGUAUAGCAUUUGAUCAUAUGUUGAAAUUUAAUAAACACAAUUUUUAAUUGAACAUGGUAUAUAUAGUAACCAUGGAAGCAGUAGCCAGAAA